AUGAGUGGAAAUGAUGAUAGACGGUUAUUGGCCCAGUCCGCUUUCGAAACAGACUCCGACACCAGUGAUAUAGACAUCCCUUCGAAUCUUCAGUGUGCUGCUUGCCUGGGCCGCCAUCAGGUGGCCGUGAGGUUUAAGUUGUGCCCUCAUGCAGCGUGCAUACGCUGUUUGAAGGGUAUUUUCAAGGCAAAGUUUGAGGGUAAGUUGCACGGCGAGUACCCACCAGUCCAUAUCGAUUGCCAUCUAUGCAGAGCAAAGGUCGAACACUUCGGCGUUUUGAACAAGGGUCCACUUAGUAAUGAAGGGACUGUGGUUCUUGGAGGCGUGGCUUUUGGCAUUUCUGAGUGGAUCCCGCUUUUGAAGUGGAUGUCAGAUGUCGAUGAGACUGUUCUAAUCUCCUUCAAAAUCAAUUAUCUGAAAAGAAAGUACCGUAUUAGCGUGCGCCGUCUGGCAGGUCGCUGGGAAGUAAAAGAUCAGGGUACAGUUGUUGCCCUCUCAGGCGAAGAGAUACGUGAGCUAAUUAGGCUGCGUAAAAUGAAGACCUAA